AUGUCUUCCUCCGACUUUGCUCGACGCCUCUCCCGGAGCUCAGGAAGCUACUCCUCUGGUCACCGCUCUUCCCGCGUCGAGAAGCCCAAGAGCAACCACAACAGCCCUCGCCCUCUCGAGAGACGCAAGACCACUUCGAGCGCCAAGCGCUAUGCAACCCUCGACGACCACUUCAAUCUCAUGUUUGGAAUCACCACCCAGGACGAUGCUCCCACCGACAGCACCGAAUCUACCCGGCCCGUGAGCUGGCAUCCCUCGUCCUUAUCACAAGGCUCUUCUCGUCCGUCCGCCUCGGCAUGGCCCACCUCAGGUGCGGAUUGGUCUCGUCAUUCGACUCACGGAGCCGACUUCUAUUCUCUUUCUGCCCGGAGCCCAAUGGAUUCUAUGCCGUCCAAUUACUACUCAGUCUACCCUCCGUCCGAGGACCUUUAUCGAGCGUCUCAGGGCUCCAUCGAUGGCUGGCACUCCCACCCACAAUCAUAUGCCGCCUCCUCCUUCUCUACUCCCUCUACCGAACCGUUGCCAUGGUACGUCAAGGAAUGGACACGUAGGAACCAAGCCGUGCCUUCCCCGUCAGUAGACUACGAACCGACGGAUUUCCUUCCCAUCCAGCACCCUUCUGCCGUUGAGGCUCCCGCAGACGAAGAGGAGGACUCGGGAAAGGAGCUUGUGGGAAUGGGCCUCUACGACUCCCCCGAUCCAACCUUCUCGUGGAACUCUCCGGCACCUGCCACAGGCAAAGGUCUGAAGCUGGAGGAGACGUGGGAGCCCCCGGAGGAGGAGGAGGACGACGGCGACGACAACGAGGCCGGAGAUGCGAGCUCCGAUGACGGAAGCAUCGAGGAGCUUCCGGUCGCCAAGGAAGAGCCGCAACUGCCCAUUCCCACCGUCAAGCCGGACCUGGCGGCCAAUAUGCAGGGCCAGAGCUUCUUCUUUGAGGACGACGACAACAGCGGCAGGGAUUGGUGGUGCCAGCAGCAACCGUCGGUACCGGUGCAGGCCACUGGGCUGCAAUAUAAUGUCGCUUGGAUCUAA